AUGGAAAAGCAUAAUAAGACAUCAGACUUCAUCCUUCUUGGCUUCACGGAUGGUCCAUAUAAUCACAGAGCUCUUUUCUUGUUCAUCCUGGUCAUCUACACUCACACAUGGCUGGGUAAUGUCCUCCUGCUAAGUGCUAUCAGAUUGUCCCAACGGCUUCACAAGCCCAUGUAUUUCUUCUUAGGAAAUCUUUCUUUCCUAGACAUUUGCUUUUCCACAGUUAUUGUGCCCAAGCUUCUAAGCACCGUCCUUCAUGGGGUGACAUUUAUUUCUUUCUUUGGUUGCUUUCUUCAACUCUAUUUCUUUGUCUCGUUGGGUGUUACUGAAAUCCUUCUGUUAGCAGUCAUGGCCCUUGAUCGGUACUUGGCUAUAUGUAACCCCCUUCACUACACCUCAGUGAUGAACAAGACUGUAUGUAUAACACUGGUCAUUGGAUGUUGGGUGACUGCAGCUCUUCAUUCGUUCUUACACAGCUACAUGGCUUUAUUUUGUCUUAAUUACUGCGAAGACCGUCUGAUCCACCACUUCUUCUGUGACAUGACCUCACUGCUCAAGCUAGCCUGCUCCAGCACCACUGCUAAUGAGCUGCUGAUAUUCACUGAAGGAUCAAUGGCGAUCAUAAUUCCCUUUCUCCUUGUACUGGUGUCCUACAUUCUCAUCGCUCACGCAAUAUUUAAACUGAAGACGUCAACAAAUAGAAGCAAAGCCUUCUCCUCAUGUUCCUCUCACCUCACUGUAAUUUGCCUCUUCUAUGGGACAAUUAUAUUUAUGUAUUUCAGACCUCCAUCCAGCUACUCCCCCAGCUAUGAUCGGAUUGUGAGUUUAGCUUACACAGUCAUAACACCCAUGUUAAAUCCCUAUAUUUAUAGUCUAAGAAAUAAGGAUGUGAAAAAGUCUCUUAAAAAGUCAGUAAUGCAAUUGUCCUCUUGUUACAAGAUAAAGGAAUCGUUCUAG